AUGGAUCACGGGGCUAUGCGACGCGGCGGCCCACCCAGGUCCAGCAUUCCAGCCAAACGAAGCGCCGCCGAUGCCCAAGAGGAAGCAUGGGUUGCCAACGAGGACCGCUUUGUGCUCAAGCAGGCCAAGAAGAAGGCCAUUAUUCGAGCACGCGCUGGAAGAGCCGACCCUAUUGAUUUACUUGCCGUCACACUACGCGCUCUGGAUGCCACGCGCGACGGCUACGACAGCGACGAUGACGAUGGAGAACUGCCCGCCGUGGACCCCGAGGGUGUCUUUGAAGGCCUCGACGAUAUUCAACUCGACGAACUGGACAAGGGAAUCGACACCUACUUGACCCUCGAGCACAGCAGGAGUAACCGCGACUUCUGGAACACAAUGAAAGUCGUCUGCAAAGACCGACGGCGUGCUGCUCCUGGCAAGCUCCAGACUGCUCGAGGAAUGUCGUCGGUGACUCCUGAGAUCGAUCGCCUACUUGCACCAAAGACACACGAACAACUCGAGGCGUUGGAGAAGCAGGUCAAGGCAAAGCUGAGAUCCAACGACGAUAUUGAUGUUGAUUAUUGGGAAAGUCUUCUGAAGAGCCUGUCCAUCUACAAGGCCAAGGCCAGGCUGCGUCAGGUCUCCAAAUCAGUCUUGGGUGCUCGUCUGGAGUCCUUGCGACAGCAACAAGAACAAGACGCUCUAGCCCUACGCAACAAGGUCAGAGAAAGUCUGAAGUCCUCUUCGCUCGCCGCCCCAGCAGAGCAGGCGCCACUCACAUCAUCACCUGCUGCCUUGGACCCGGAACCCUUAUUACGCUUGAACCCAGAAGACAAAACAUUGCUCUCACUCGAGGAGGAAGACUUCAAGCAGAAAUUGCUAGGCUAUAUUCCAGCUCGUCAUGGCACCAAAAUCUCCAACACCGAGGUCGCCUUGUCUUCUGAACCAAAAAGGGACGACACGUCUAGGAUUACAAGUGCAUUGUAUGACCGAGAGGCUGCGAGAGGCUUCAACGACAACGAGGAAGCAUUCAAUGCCGAGGAGGAUGUCUCAACCGGAAGACCCAAGUGGGCCGAGACAUACCGUCCACGAAAACCACGCUAUUUCAACCGCGUUCAGAUGGGCUACGAGUGGAACAAGUACAACCAGACUCAUUACGACCACGAAAAUCUCCCACCCAAGGUCGUUCAGGGCUACAAGUUCAACAUUUUCUACCCCGACCUCGUCGACACAACCAAAGCACCCACCUUCCGCAUUGAACGCGAGAACGGUCGCAAGCGGGGUGAAUCAUUUGCUCCUGCUGGAGCUGAGGACACUUGUCUCAUCCGUUUCAUUGCUGGUCCACCAUAUGAGGACAUUGCCUUCCGUAUCGUCGACAAAGAAUGGGACUACAGCGCAAAGCGUGAGCGUGGCUUCAGAAGCAGCUUUGACAAGGGAAUUCUUCAACUACACUUCCAGUUCAAGAAGAUCUAUUACAGAAAAUGA